AUGAAAGCAUUUCUUGAGUUCUAUAGUCUGCUCGGUGACCGGGAAAGGGGAACAGUUUGCCCAAACUAUCCUAGCUGUAAUGGAACCCUCUUAAGAAAGUACACUGAAGCAGACCUGUACGUGCAGCUGUCAUACUUUUGCCACAUCUUAGACACACAGUGCUCUCCAGAAAAGAUGGAUGUUGGUGUGAGGAUUCAAGUAGAGAAAGCAAUGACGAAGAUUAGACCUGCGGUUGAGUCAGCAGCAUCAAUAGCUCGGAGUUUCCGAGACCGGUGUGAUUACGGAUGGGUGCAACUCACGGACCUCUUUUGAUAGUUGUAAUAAUUAUUCUCAUCGCAUGUAAUUUAAAUUUAUAUCACCUUCUGACAUCAUUAAAAAUUUUGUUUGGUCCUAAAGUUUUAUCAGCACAACUACAACCGAACUUUUGGAAUAUAGCAAA